GCAUGUUUAGUGCAGGUGACAGUUCUUAGACUCUGCACUGUGAGAAGUGGGACAGAGGUAAUCUGUCACCGCGAGAGCCUGGCAGGGAAGCAUGAGUAUUCGUGUGUAAUCGUUAAAUAAUAGAACUGGAGACAAGAAGCAACUCUAAACAGUAAAAGUUUGAUUCGCCUUCUAUUACCGCAUCGGUCUCAGGAAUUGCGCCAUAUACAGGAUCUGGGCAUCAGAAACAAAACCAAAGUGAUCUUCUCAUAAUAUACCAUUUGGAAACAGCUGGGCAGAUAAUAUGGAUUCAUUCGUAAAAUUCACAAAUGAAAGUCAGGGAAGAGAUCGUAUUUUCAGAGCCACUCAGUAUGCUUGCAUGUUGCUUAGGUAUUUACUAGAAAAUAAACCUGGCAAAGAGAAAGUGAUAUUGAAGCUCAAACGAUUGGAAUCUAACAUGAGUUCUGGCCGUAAAUUAUUCCGACUUGGCAACAUGGUGCAUGCUAUCGAAGCUUCAAGAGCAGCAGUGAAGAUUUCAGAUUCUUUUCUAUGUUACUGUCUAACCGCAGCCAACGUGAACCGAUUCUUUUACUUUACUUGUGACACAAUCCUAUGGGCAAGAAGUGUUGGUUUGGUGACUGACAUCAGCACGGAAAAAUGGGGCAUCAGAGCAACCAAAUGCUAUUAUUAUUCACUCCUGUUUAGUUUGGCAAGGGAUGUGUAUGAAAUAUUAAGGUGCAUGGAGAAAGAGUCUAAAGAACUGAAACAUGAUGGCCGUGAUACAGGUUAUGUCAAUGGUCCUGAUUCCAAACCAAACCGAUCUUUAAGGAAAGUACUUGAACAAUUCGUACUGGCACUUUGUUUAAGCUUAAAGAACCACCUGCCUGUUUUACUGGACACUUUAAAAAACCUGUGUGAUCUUUUUAGCCCUCUUGACAGCUUAAACAUUUACCAAACUAACCAAGGAUUUAUUGGACUUUGUGGUUUAGUAUCCUCAAUUGUGGGAAUCCUUACACUAGCAAAGCCACUGUUAAAACUAAAAUAAUAAUUAAAAUAUGACGAAAAGGCAGUGUAUCAGUGCUCACAUCAAAACAGGCAGUAAUUAAGUUUUAGCUGUUCUAAAAAUACAUGCACGAGGGCAAUACAAUGGUUCUAAUUCACUAAAGACUUCAUUGUGGUAAAAUGAAUACCAAAUUGCAAAAUUUAGACAAAAUUAGGCAAACUUUGAAAAAAAAAAAAAAAAAAAAACACAAUCUGAAUAAGGAAUGCAGUUGUUUUGGAUCAAUAUUUGCAUUUCAGAUUUUUUUUUUACUUGUUUGGUCAAUUAAGCCCUCUCUCUUAUAGAAAUAUACUACAAAUAGUAAACUAAAAUUUCUAAAAGAAAUACGUGAUGUAUUACUGCAUUUUAUGAUUUUUGUAUUUAUUUAUUUUUUACAUACUGUUUUUAGAGCAUUAUGACUUCUUACCUCAGAUCCUCCUGGCAAUAUUUUCAACAGAAAAUAUUUAGCCCAAAACUUUAGUGAAUUUUCGUAUCAAGUAACAGGUUUAUAUUUUGAAGUACUGGGCCACUACUUUUUAUGCGUCAUUACACACGUUCUUAAACUUUUAAAGCGGUGACCAAGAGUAGAUUAUUGUCCGCUUCUAAUUAAUAUAAAAUGUAACAAUAUUUCAGAUGAGAAGCACUUGCGCAAAUAAAAAAAACUACCUCCCAGAAAUAGCUGCAACAACACAUACAACUGCUGCUAGCCUUUCUUUUCAAAUAUAUGCAACGGGACAUGCAAAAACGUGUAUCUCGCAUCAAGCCCUAUGGUCAUAGUCUAUUCUUCAGAGUGUUAACUAUUAUAGGAAGUAUCUUCAUUUUCAACAUUUUGAAAAUAGCGAUAUAUAACUUCUGAUUAUGACUGUUUUUUUUUUUUUGCUCUUAACACACUACACUCAGGGCUAUUCACCAAAACCCUAAAUUUUUCCGGAAUUAUUCAGGGAAUUUAAAAUUUUAGGUCAAAUUGGAAAGAUAGCGAUUUGGAUAAUUUUUCCAAUUAAGCUGUUUUGACCUAAUAUCUGAAAUUUGUAAGUUUAGUGAAUAACCUUGUUUGAUUCCAAUCUCAAGGGAAUGAUGUACUGUAGAUGUAAACCAGACCUUCUUUUUUUGCUGUAGUUAUUACUAAUUUAAUUUAACUAAUGACAGGCACUGAUUUACUUGCAGAAAAUAAUAAAAUAUAUUUCGAAUAAACUAAGCUGCCUUAUUGUAAUAUGGCUAUAUUAAACUGUGGGAUUUAUUCACUAAACUGGACAUUGUAAAAUGCCAAUUUUAGACUACGUCAGCCACUAUGCAAUUUUGCAAAAUGGAAUUUUUCAUAUAUUUGUAAUACUUUUGUCAAUUCUUUAAAAUUUCCAGUGAGUGAAUUGCCUCCUGUGUGUGUGAUUGUUGGAAAGGAUGUAUGUAUAGCUGCUGUAUUUAUUAGGAAGAUAUUCGGUAAUGUGUCUUUCUGUAGUAUGGACUUUUAGGUGAUUGCCUUAUCUUUCUGGACUUUUUUUCUUAUCAUUACAUUUUACUUAAAUUGUCUCUUGUACGAAAUUGGAAUUUGGUAAAUGCCAUUUUUUUGUGAGAAUUUACUUCUGCGUGGUGUGUGCUGAUUUUAAAAUCAAUAAUUAAUAUUUCUUAACAAAAAUGUAUAUUUUAUAACACUAAAGAUUUUAGUACCUUUUGGAAUUUUUAUGAUAUAUA